GUAGAGCUGAAAACAUCUGGGUCUGAGUCGUAACACACUCAACUCACGUGGACCAGAGGAGAUAACACAACCAGAGCUGGAAGAAUAAAAGCAGAAUUCAACAGGACUGCAAGUUUGGACAGAAAGACUAAAAUACCCCCACUGGUGAGAAGUGAAACAAGAAGUAAGGAUGAAGCUAUUAGUCAUUGUCGCCAUCCUUGCAUCAUUUUACAUUAACACGGCUUCUCCACACAGAUGGUCAAAAAAGAUACUAAACCAUCGAAGCACUCACGGAGAGAGGUGUCAGUCUGGAGAUGGGAGCAGCUACAGGGGUUUUGUCUCUGAAUCAUUGUACGGCAACACAUGUCUCAACUGGAAAAAGGUUAAAUACCCUGGGGGAGCCUCAAAGGGACUGGGCAACCACAAUUACUGCAGGAAUCCUGAUCACAGCUCGAUGCCAUGGUGUCCCGUCCGAAGAGGAAGGAGGAUGGUGAAAGAAUACUGUGAUAUUCCAACUUGUUCUACAUCAACAGUAAAACCUCCUGUGCCAAAAAUUGAGGACACAGAGCUGACGUGUGGUGAACGGUCUGAACGGAGGAUGAAUAAAGUUGUAGGUGGUUCUUUCACACCUAUAGAAUCACACCCCUGGGUGUCUGCUGUCUUUGAGCAGCGUAGGGGUUUCCUUUGUGGUGGCUCCCUCAUCGCACCAUGCUGGGUUCUCUCAGCUGCACACUGCUUCUCUGAUGGUGAGCACACUAAUAUCAAGCGUCUGGUGGUAUACCUGGGGAAGAGCGCCAUCAAUGAAACAGAUCUUGCCAGAGAGCAAAAGUUCACAGUGGAAAAACUGAUCAUCCAUCAAAAAUAUAAUGACACCACCUAUGAUAAUGAUAUAGCACUGCUGAAAAUCAAAGGGAAAGAUGGAGGAUGUGCUGCUAAGUCACUGACCUCACGGACAGUUUGUCUCCCUCCACCUCACACUCAACUUCCUGCAGGAUUUCAGUGCAGUGUCGCAGGAUUUGGCAAAGAAAGACAUGAUGCGUGGCAUUACUCCCAGUACUUGAAGCAGGCCCCAGUGAAUCUCAUCUCACAGAGUGAAUGCAAGAGUGAGUUGUACUACAAAGAUCGCAUCACUGAAAACAUGUUCUGUGCUGCAAGCCCUGAUUGGACCACUGAUGCCUGUGGGGGUGACUCUGGUGGUCCACUGGUGUGCGAAGCCUCUGGGCGGAUGUUUCUGUUUGGGGUGAUUAGCUGGGGUGAAGGCUGUGCCUGGAAGAACAAACCCGGGGUUUACACCCAAGUCACCAACUACAACAAAUGGAUCACACGGAAAACCAGGCUCUCCAAAUACACUGAGGGAUUAAUGUACCCGAUGAAAUGAAGCUAUGAACCAAACCUCCUGAAUUUUUAAUCACAAGAAAAUAUGGCAGCGUUUUUUUAAUACUUUACAUGUAUGCAGACAUACAGAUGAAGCCAAAAAAGGCAGCUGAUGCCUAACUGUACAGUGAAGAUUCAUUUCUGAUUCAGUGUUUUCUUAAAUAUCUUCUUACUGUAUAAAGUGUACAUAAUUUAAUGCCAACUAUUAUUUGCAAAUGUUCAUAUUAUGACAAGUUAUUACAUGUUUUAUUUAUCUAACUAUAUUUAUUAAGCACUUAUUCCUGUUGAAGGCUGGUCCUGCUGUGAAAUGAGCUUUUUUUUUAAUAAUAAAAAUUUCAUGGUAAAAUA